GCGGCGGUACCUCCGUCGGCCGCCGAAUCUCCGCGACACCGAGGCGAGUGCAGCGCCUCCUCCAGCGACGGUACCGACAGCACCUGCGGCGCCGCCUUCGCAGCUUUCGCAGCCGCCGCCCGAGCGCUCGACGACUCCGGGCUCCGACUGCGGAGCUUCCCUCGCCUCGCUCGCGCCGAACGACCCUGUCUGGGCGGGCUGGCUGGCUGGCUGGCUGGCUGGCUGGCUGGGGCGGGCAGAGAGGGGCGCGAGCGACCCCGCUCCGCCGCGGUUUUCCCCGCCUCCCUCGCGGAUCAUGAUGAUCACGGAUGGCCGCGCGUGACUGACUCCGGCUGCUAGGAGUCCGCGAGCCUCCGGAGCGCAGGGAGGGAGAGCAGCAGCAGGAGUAGUAGUGCGAGUGCGGUGGUGGUGGUGCGAAGCGCCGAGGCCGCCGCCGCCGCCGCCGCUGCCCCCCGUGCCGUGUGUGAGCCCGUGGUUGCGCGUUGCCGCCGCCGCCACCGCCCCGUUCGUUCCCCGCACGACGAGCCCCCCGGCCCCCCACGACGCUCUCGGGAUCAUCAUCAUCAUCAUCAUGGGCAACACGAGCUCGUGCUGCGUGUCGUCGAGCCCCGCGCUGCGCAGGAAGGCGCACUCCCGCCUGGAGCCGUACCGUCCCGGGACCGAGACGGAGCUCAGCAGGGAGGACACGGGCUGCAACCUGCAGCACAUCAGCGACCGCGAGAACAUCGACGAUCUGAAUAUGGAGUCCAACCCUUCGGACCAUCCGAGAGCCAGCACGAUAUUUCUGAGCAAGUCCCAGACAGACGUUGCUGUGCCGAACAAGAGAGUGCGGGAAAAACGGAAAAGCCUGUACAUCAACCACCACGCACCGGGUCAAAUGAGGCGCAAGUACAGCUCCUGCUCCACCAUAUUUCUCGACGACAGCACGGUCAGCCAGCCGAACCUUAAAUACACCAUUAAAUGUGUAGCCCUUGCAAUAUAUUACCAUGUGAAAAACAGAGACACAGAUGGCCGAAUGCUGUUAGACAUUUUCGAUGAGAAACUUCAUCCACUUUCGAAAUCCGAAGUGCCGCCCGACUACGACAAGCACGACCCGGAACAGAAGCAGAUCUACCGCUUUGUCCGGACGCUCUUCAGCGCUGCUCAGCUGACUGCAGAAUGUGCCAUUGUCACCCUGGUGUACCUCGAAAGGCUGUUAACGUACGCAGAGAUCGACAUCUGCCCUGCCAACUGGAAGCGCAUCGUGCUGGGUGCCAUCCUGCUGGCCUCCAAGGUGUGGGAUGACCAGGCCGUGUGGAACGUGGACUACUGCCAAAUCCUCAAGGACAUCACCGUGGAAGACAUGAACGAACUGGAGCGCCAGUUCCUGGAGCUGCUGCAGUUCAACAUCAACGUCCCGUCAAGUGUUUACGCAAAGUACUACUUUGACCUGCGCUCCCUGUCGGAGGCCAACAAUCUGAGCUUUCCCCUGGAGCCGCUGAGUCGCGACAAGGCACAGAAGCUGGAGGCCAUCUCCAGGCUUUGUGACGACAAGUAUAAGGACUUGAGGAAAGCUGCCAAGAAGCGGUCCGUGAGCGCGGACAAUCUGGCUGUGGCCCGCUGGGCGCCCGCUAUCAUAUCCUAACACGACGGUGACAGCCGGUGACAUGGCAGCAGGUCCGGGAGUGCAGCUCUCCGUCCGGCUUUCGGCUAGGAGGAAGAGAGAGGACUUUUCAACUCGGCUAGAUGCCUUCACAGUGCCUCCACCUAGUGGGCCACACAGGAUCCUUGGUUUUUAUUGUUAAAUCUGUUGUCAUAGUAACUUUUUUUUUAUGACUCAUGUUUGAAAAAGAAAAGAUUCAAAAAAAAAAAAAAAAGACGGAGACCUUCAGCCUGUAGGGGGCGAAGCGGUUCGAGCGACAUCUUCCCUUGUGUAGCCAGUGUCGGCCCUGUGCCUGUGAGGACAGACUGUUGCGGGGCAGCAAAUUCGUAGCAAAUGGGAAGCGAAACAUUUGCGAGAACAUCCAUACGGUGGCAAGAUUACAGAGAAAACCGGUUUUCUAAUGUCACUUGCCCCCCUGGUCUUCAGGCUUUGGUGCCCUGUUUCAUAUUCGGCAAUGUUCGCAACAGGUUCCCGUGCUCGUUUGAUCAUUCCUUGUACAUUCCUCUGGCUUUAAUACUUUUAAUACUUUAAUGUGUCACAGAACAAAAUUCUCCUCGCAAGCACAAGGUGUGUUGGUCCGGGUAUCGAGGCACACGUGGCUUCCUGUUUCCACACUUUCUCCUGACAUUCCUAAUACCUUCUACCUUCUAUGUAAAAAAAAAAAAAAAGCCAAUUUUGACCAAUGUGCUAUGAUGAAUAUAGCUGCUGUGCUGUCAAAAAGCCAAGUCUCUGUUCUCCAGUAAUUUCUCAGUAUGAAGUCCGGAGUGGUGUUCCGGCUGCUGAGAAAAGGCAAGUAUUUUUCAGUGUAAAAUGAGUGAUGUCCCCAUCUGCGCAUCUGAGAACCAAGGACCUUGUACCAGAACAAGGAAAAAUGUUUUCCUGUAAAUCCUUUCAGUAUUAUUACUGUUUUUUUUUUUUUUUGUGUGUGUU